UUCCUCGACGGGUGGGGUGGGCAACAAUGCGCACUGUUGAAUGGUGAGCGCAUAGUGAAUGAAGAUUCAAUGGAGGAGGCAAGGAUGUGCGCGACAGCGCACGCGCCACACCCCCCGCCUUCAAUUAAAACAUCUCAGGGUUCGUCUGAGUGCGAACGAAGAUGGCGACAGAGUGAAGGAGACCACGGAAAGAUGACAAGCCCCCUACAGACAUACAAACACGCACGAGCUCUUCACCCCGCCGCCUCAGAGAUGCCCGUGAAUGAGUAAGACUCGGCUGCUUACGAUGUGUUGUCAAGGAGAUGCGGGGUAGGUGAUGGAGUCUCGCGGCAUGUGCUUCAUCAUGCACAGUCUCGGUAAUUCAGACGCAGGUGUUUGCAGUGCAGCUUAAUUUUGAGCAGCAGGUGAAAGGGAUGCUUCGAGCCAUCAUGUAAACGUCGCGGUGGAGAAUAUUGCGGAGGAGACCCGCCCGUGUGAGCUCGCGCUUUGUCUCCCCCUCUAAAAUAUGAUCACGGGCGCCUGGCGGUGUGGAAGGAAACUUGACGCCGAGUUAGAAAUCUGCCGCGCGCCCGAACCCAUCGACAAACCAUGCGCGGAGCCGGAGAAGGUGCAGAGAUGGCGCAUGAGCCUGGCGUCGCUGCUCUUUUUCACGGCGCUGUUGUCCGAUCACCUCUGGCUCUGCGCGGGAGGCAAGCUCCGCUCGAGAGACCGGACUCACCGGAGGACGUGGAGCAACGCGAGUCACGACGCCCAGACGGGCCUUCGCGAUGAGGACUGCGGGGUCCUCUUGAGCAACCUGACAAAAAACGGACCGGAGUGCGUGGAGGCUGACGCGCGGCGCCGCGCACCUUUGGAGUCCGCGUGCUCUACGCUUUACCGGCAAAAGAGCGGUUUGGUGAGUUCCUCCUAUUCUGUACCGGUGCCCACGGUGUCGCCACUCGCGUUUUUGGAGUACUUCCGGAAUUUAAGCUUGUCCUUUUGCGACGCGCUCACAAUAGCGGACCUACUGGAGAGCAUGACCAGUCCUGACGGGCUCAACUGCAGUAUGACGCGUGUCAUUCGUGACCUGUUCAGCGGCGGACCGGAGGACGGGGACCUGUGCAGCGUUUGUGUUGACGCGUACAUCCGACUCGACCAACACGCUCAGGAAAAAUAUGAGGAGUUUCAGGUCCUUACGCGCAAAUACAUGGCGGAUGACUACUCAGUGCGCGCGCAAACACACCUGUGUCAGGCAGUGUAUAAAGCCUGGCUUUGUGCAGAAUAUUUUCCGGUUCCCCAGAGACAGUGUGUGAGGUGGCUCCCAUGCAGGCACUACUGUGGUGAGGUCACAGCCACCUGCCCCUUCAUCCUACCUGACAAUGACCAUCUGCUGUAUGCCGGUCUGCCAAGCUUUCUCUGCGCAGGGUUUCAAGAGGAGUAUUUGAACAGUCAGGGUCCAGACUGCUGUGAUGUCAGAUGGAGUGGGUGUGACUCCACUGUAGGCGCAGCAUGUGCUCUGACACACCUCCCGGGCUCCUUCUCUUUGCAUAGGAGGUUAUCUUCAGGAGCGGUGUCAUGUACAAAUCGUGUUCAUGGCAGUAAAUUGAAACUGUGUGUGCUUGUUCUCUUCUUACUACACACUGUUAUCUCCAUAACAACAUUGCAGCAUUGCAGCACUGGCUCCUUGGAGGCAAUAGUACCUCUAGAAGACGUUCCCAUGAGGGAGGAGUAAGAGACUGGAACAUCUCCCUUUUUACUGGAAGACGCACAUGCUGUGAAAGAGUUUUUGUCUGCUGUGCAUGAGACAAACCUUACCAAAUGCCUGGAAAACACAAGAAGUCUCACAACUACUGAAGCACCUGUGUCUGUCUUUUUAAGGGUUGGAAUAUCUGGCUUGAUAUGAGCGUGCAUGUAUCUGUGUGUUUGUGUGAGUGAAUGAAUGUUUUUAACUGUUUUUCAGUGUUUUGUUUGUUUUAUCAGGACUAACUGUACAUGUUAAAACGGUUCAUGAAUGACAAUCUUGUUUUAGGCAACAUUCUUGGAAACAAAAAUGAAUCUAUGAAGAAUGAAUGGAUGACAUUGUUACAUUUCUCCUCUAAUAAAACCAACACUAUUGAAGACAUUUUUCAUAUUUAAGAUUCUCUUAUAUAUAUUAUAGAAAUGAC